UGUUGUUGAGAUGUUUUCGGGUAAGUUUUAGGCCUAAGCGUGUAUGAUUAGCGAAAGCAAAUUGUUGCUGUCUUUUUAUAUUAUGUGUUUAUUUGUUUCAAACUGUUGUCAUUAACUUGUUAAAGGUUUUUAUUCUAAGAGUAAAAAACGCACAGUCUCUUGCACGUAUAAGUGUUGUUCCGAAGAAUAACCACGACCUUUUGAACUUGUGCCGUUGUGGCCCUCUUGGUUUAUUGAGUUAUUCAAUUAUUGAAAUUUUGAUGUUUGAACAUAUGUACGAAGAACUUAUCGUAGACAUAACUUUGAUUCAGUUUGAGGUUUAAUCUUGGCCAAAAUGAAAAGGAAGUUUAAUAUCUCUCUUUUAUAACUAUAUACAUAUAUAUAUCUUUUCAAUAGGGUAUUGUUGAAAGGUGUGCUAUUUGAUGUGACAUUAUAUUUGAAGCAAAUAAAUUGAUUUGUUUGGACGUCAAAUUUUAAUAUUAAAAAUCAUUCAUAAUUGUAAUAAUAAAAAAUGCCAGUUAUCAAGGAUGCACACAUUGUUAAAAUUGCCGUGCAGAUGGAGUUUCAAGUUCCUCAGCUGCUUGAAUUUAAUCAGAAGCGGCCACUUACUGCUAUUAUUCAAGAAAUAUGUAACACUUGGAGUUUGUCGGAACCAGAGCAGUAUGCAUUACAAUUUGAAGAAAAUGCACAAAAUUAUAUAACAGAAAAAAACAGAAAUGAAAUAAAAAAUGGCAGUGUUUUACAACUAACAGCUUCUCCAAUGAAAACUGCUCAAGAAAUUCUCGAGAAGUUAAAUUAUGGAACUUUGGAUGAAAAGAAAAUAGCACUUGGAAAGCUUUUAAAACUCUCCAAAGAUUACACCUUUGCACUUGAAUUCAUUAACAAACAAGGAAACCAGUUGUUAAUUAGCAUGGUCGAAAGUGGUUCAUAUACAGGAACACAUUUAGCAUUGACUCUUCAAUCAUUUGAAGAGCUUAUGGAUCAUGGAAUAGUUUCCUGGGAUAUAUUGGAGCCAAAGUUUAUUGGAAAAGUUGCAAAUCAAGUAAACAGUCCAACUUCAGCUAGCUUUCCUCAGAUCCUUCAGGCAUCUCUCGCUAUUCUUGAGGCUCUUGUAAAUAAUUCUGGCAAGUAUCAGUUGGUAGAGCAGGAAGUAACAUUAUCCAAUCUCAUCAUUCACCUUCAAUCUACAAAUCCUGAAAUAAAGCAGAAUGUCAUUGCACUUAUCAAUGCCCUUUUUAUGAAAGCUGAUGGAACAAAGAGAAAACAAAUAGCUGAAACCAUGUCAUCUCGUAAAGUUAGAAGCAUCAUUACAGGUACGAUUCAGGUACAGCAUUGUGGAGCAGAAAUGGCUCAUCAACUCUAUGUUCUUCAGACUUUGCUGUUUAAUAUGCUAGAGGAGAGAAUGUUGACAAAAAUUGACCCUCAAGACCCUGAUGCAAGAGAUAAAAUCCUAGAUUUAAGAAAACUUGCAUUUGAACCUGAUACUGAUCCAAGUAAUCCUCCAAAUCGUAAGGGAGGUGGCUACUCUAAAGAUUACAAAAAGCUUGGAUUUAAAAACAAUGUCAAUCCAGCUGAAGAUUUUACAGAAACACCUCCUGGUUUCUUAGCUUUAGACAAUAUGAUUUAUUUUGCUCGAAACCAGACAGAAAAUUACACUAAAGUAGUGUUGGAAAGUUCCUGCAGAGCAGAUGAGCAUGAAUGCCCUUUUGCACGAAGUAGUAUUGAACUCACAAAGCUUUUGUGUGAGGUUUUGAAAAUAGGUGAGCCUCCCUCUGAACAAGGAAAAACUUUUUACCCAAUGUUCUGCACUUGUGAUCAUCCCUUUGAAGAAUUUUUCUGUAUCUGUAUUACUUUAUUGAAUAAGACUUGGAAGGAGAUGCGAGCCACCGUUGCUGACUUCGUACAAGUUUUGAGUGUUGUAAAAGAACAGAUUACUCAAGCAUUAAACACUGAUCCUACACCGACAACAUUAGAUAAGUUUAGGAACAAAUUGGCAUUGUUGCCAUAUAGUGAAAUUAUGAACCUCUGGCAACAAGAUCGUGCAAACAAGGAAGAGUGGGAGUCUCAGGCUAAGCCUAUUGUUGAACUUCGUGAACAGAUCACUCCAGAAAUCAUGGAUCUGAUUCAGCAGCAACGCUUGCAAUAUUUAUGUGAAGGUACAAUGUUUACCAAAUAUUCAAGUAAAGGACAGCGUGUGAAGGACAAGUUUUGGUACUGUCGUUUGAGUCCAAACCAUAAGUUAUUUCAUUAUGGGAAUUGUGAGGAAAACACAAUACCAUCAAUAGAUGAACUUGCACACAAGUUGCCAGUGGUAGAGAUUAAAGCUUUGGUAACAGGAAAAGAUUGUGCUCACAUGAAAGAUGUCAAAAAGAACAAGUCAACUGUUUCUCUUGCCUUCUCACUGAUUCCAGAUUCUGACCAGGAACCACUAAACUUUGUAGCACCUAAUGAAAAAGUUUUUGACUAUUGGACUGAUGGGAUCAAUGCUUUAUUAGGUAAUCAAAUGUCUAGCAAGGAGAUGAAAAAUGACUUGGAAAUUCUUCUUAGUAUGGACAUCAAACUGCGUUUGCUGGACACAGAAGGUGUUACCAUUCCUGAAAAUCCCCCUCCCAUUCCAAAAGAUCCACCAAACUAUGAUUUUUGCUAUGAGUUUAAGUAAUUUUAAUUGUAAAUGUAGCUAUAGCAGGAGAUAUUGUGUAUUUUCUAGAUCUUUUGAAAAAAAGGAAAUCAUGUAAAUGUUAAUGCAAACAUUUAUUAUACUAGAAAUAUAUUUCAUAAUUGUUGAUUGCCAUAUAUAAAAAAAAAGACACUAAAUUAUGGCUUCUGAAUGACAUUUGAAAUUGACAUUGCUCUGUAAAUGUAACAAUAUGUUUAAAUGUUUUCCCUGUUGUUAGUUAUUUUAAUCAAUAUAAUUUUAUAGUGCUUUGUGUUCUGAUUGAAGUGGUAUCAAUUUCUAAGGGAAAUCGAUUUAACAUGAUGGUUAAUUCAAUUUGCUUACUGUAUUGUUUUAAAAAAAAUUCAAUUUUAAGAUAAACUAUGGUAGUUCACUUAAUAGUAUAAAUAAAUUUGACAUGUAAGUUGAUUUCCAUUAUGGCUGAUGUUGAACUUUUUAAGUUGAAAAAAAAUUUUUGAAACAGUAUAUGGAAGGUAUAUUUUAAUAGCAAUAGUAAUAUUAUUUAUUAUAAGUACUGGGUUCUGCUAAAGUUGUUGGUGAUAAAUGUAAUUAUUAAGUCAAGCAACUUUUAGUAUAUGAAUUGGAAAAAUAAGUGUUUAAAAAGGCUUAAAUAAAUGUAGUUAUCUUUAUUUGCAAAAUGUGUUUUGUAAAACUUGUGUAAAUUAAAGCAAACUGCAUGUAUAUUGGAACUAAAUUCACUUCUGUUUGUGUGUUGAGAGUAAGACAGAAGUAAAAUUUGAAUAUAAACAAGUAUAUUUAAAAGUUUGCUAAAUUCUGUUCAUCUGGAUCUGUCUUAUAUGUUUUAUUAGCUUUUGAAUAAUAUUUUUAUUUCUAACAUGACAAAAGAUGAAAUUAAAAUUAUAUAUAUACAUAUUUACUUAGAAAACCAAGUAAUUAUUUGUAUUCAUUUCAGUUUAGGUGUUCUGAAUACAUACAUCUUUAUGUUAUUGAAUGUUUACAACAUUUAUUGAUAAGUCAAAAUAUUUAAACAAACCUUAAACAAAAAAAGAAACAUGUCCAAUUAGUCUUGAUUAAUAUUCAUUUGCUUUAUAAUCUAUUUUAUGUCAGCAACUGCUCCUGUCAAAACCAGCUCCAGAGUGGUACAGUGUAUGAAUUUAUUAAUGUUUGUAUGCUAGACAUUAUCUACAGGGAAGUUAUUUCAUAGUUACAUUCUGUACAUGGUUUCUGAAUGUUUUAGGCUUAUGUAACUUUGGAAUAUUUUCGUAAGAAUUCUCCCUGAAGAAUAAAUGGUUAGCAGUACUAGUAAUUUUCAAAUAUAUAUUAUGUGGCUACUUGAAUAUAUAUAUAUAUAUACACACACACUUUUGUGUGCUCACAAGCUAUUAAGAUGCAGAGCAAAGCAUUCCUCAUAGCUGUAUGUAAAUGUAGUUUUGUAUUUUAGUCACUGGAAAUGUAUUUAUGUAAAAUGUGAUUAAUAAAGAAAUAAACUACUGGA